AUGCCCAUGGUUGGUCAUCUUCCAAGCCUCGACCGAAUAAGCAGUGUUUUAGAGGAGAGGAUGAUCUGGUCUGCUGAGGUCUUAAUCAAGGCCGAGCAUGGGAAGGGCAAGCUCAAGCUUUGGGGCGCAUUCCUGGAGAACCACGACGCCAACCCUCGAAGCCAAGCUAUCGAGAUUAUUUUAGUGUCCCGCGUUGCCUCUCCUGUUGCUGCCUUGCUCCACAUCCCUCAUUCCUCUUCCACCACCCUCUGUGGACUCUCCAACUAUCACACACACCCCCGUCAUUCGGAGAUCUCGACAUACACAGCAGGUUUCUAUCAAAUGAUUCAAUCAGUCGUUCCAAGCCCACUCCAGAGAUACAGCUUCGGUGGCUUGGUGGGAGCAUUCCAGGUCCUCGACCCUGCAUUUUUUUACCCUCUUCGGGUGACCACCAAUGUUGUUUGUUUUGCCUCGGGGCUAUUUCAUAUACUCACAUCUGCGCAGAUCUGCAUUUUCGUGAUACUUUUGUCUCUCCCCCACGCGUACACCUACGCCUCUUCCAAGCGGGCGUGUUUGCUCGGCACUAGCAAGAUUCCUCGCAAAUUGCUAGAGAUCCGCUCAUAUUUAAGCCUUUGCAUUGUUGUCCAGCGAUUGCUGUAUUCCCCUCCUUUACCUAGAAUUAAACCUGCGACACUCCUUUAUUCCAGGACCCGUGGCAAGCUUCUCUCCGCACCAGACAAGGAUAUCAACAUUCAUUCUUCAUCCAAAAAGGGCGGCAUCUCACUUUAA